GUUUUGUUAUUUAGUGAUAUUGAUAACAGUUCUUCAUCAAGUGCAAGUCUAGUAUUAACGUAUUAUUGGCUUUAGUGAAUGCUCUGUCAUCAUGGUCUCACGAGAAUCAUUAGAGGAGCAUUUCAACGAAAUGGGUAUUGAAGUAGCGGAUCCUGUCCUUGAUAAGUGUAUCGAGUUAUGCGCAACUUAUGACGUUGGUGCAGAGGAAUUUGUUGAAACAUGGGUCUCCUUCAGUCUCACACAUUCAAGUGGGAACACGGAUAAACCCACGGCUGAAAGCAUAGCAGCAAUGGAACGGUCUGCUCUCGCAAAAAAACAAGACUCCACUGGAACACCCAAAAGGAAACAGAUGACUGUCUACAAUAAUGCUAAUUCAUCAGUUAAUGCAAAUGAUGAUGCUGUCCUGAGUUUAUACAAUGUAACUCCCAAGGGCAGAACGUGUCAAAAACGGAUCAAUGUUACACCAACUGUAGUUUCUGAUGACAUCAGCAGUCAUCGAAGUCCAGGCACAUUUUCUCCUGCUACCUAUUCUCUCACGGCGAUUACACCUAGUGGCAAUUUUAAAGAACGCACCAAUCGAAAUCAAGUAUUAUGUUCUUAUGGGAAAGAGAUGUCCUCACAAAAAAGCGCUGACAUCAAUCUCAAUAUCGAACCGUACGGAAAUGUCAUACCUCCGAACUCCAAAUACAUGUACAGGCAGUUGCAUGAUGAUGCUGAUAUUUUACUCGACACCACCACAGCCAUUGGUUCCUUUAUUGUUAAAAAGUAUGAUUUGCCAGAUCCGAAAAGCAUAACUUCAGUCAGUGAGGUAGAUUUCAUUUCUAUUGGACGAAUCGGAUGUGAUGGCAAUGGAAGACUCAAUGAGUCAUCAAUCAUCCUAGAAGGAUGCAGGUGGGACAUGAAUGGUGCUACUAUGCCUCUACGAAUACCACUAGGAGUCGAGUAUUCAUUGUUCCCUGGCCAAAUCGUCGUAGUGGAAGGAAAGAAUCCUAGUCGUAACUGUCUACUAGCAACAAAAAUUUACUCCGAUGCCUCUGUCAAUCCAUCUACAGAAAUACCGGUAUUCCAGUCCAAAGACCCUCUACAAAUAAUUGUUGCAAGUGGGCCUUUUACCUUCAAUGACUCAAUGCUGUAUGAGCCCUUAGAAGAUUUACUGUUAUCUGUGGAGAAGCUAGAGCCUCAUAUUUUCAUACUAAUCGGACCUCUAGUAGAUGCAGACCAUCCAUUAUUUGGAGAUAAUGUUUCUUUCCUAGCAACCCCUUUUCAAGAGUAUCAUGAGCAAAUUGUGAAGAAACUCCUAGAUCGGUUUCGCGGUAAACGGACUAAAAUUGUAAUGGUAUCAAGUAUGAGAGAUGCGUGCUCGCACCCUGUGUACCCUACGCCUCCUACCCUUUCCAGUCAUUCAAUACAAAGCGUGUCGGACCCAUGCCUCUUGAACAUCUCCGGCUUGAUUGUCGGAGCUACCUCAACCGAUAUAUUGAUGCAUCUUAGCAAAGAGGAAAUAUCAGGACACUCAAAAACUGAUCGAAUGACGCGGCUAGUUUCUCAUCUCUUUGCUCAGCAGAACUUUUAUCCUCUGUUUCCCUCCUCUGAAGAAGUGAAUUUGGACCUAAGUCUGUGGGAAGAUUUUGCGCAGAUGACUGUCAUACCAAAUAUUCUCCUUCUACCCUCUAAACUUCGGUAUUUCGUCAAAGAAAUUAAUGGAUGUAUUGUCAUAAAUCCUGAAUAUCUUGCUAAAGGUUCAGCUGGUGGAUCGUUCGCUCGCAUUGCUGUAGAUUCUCCCUCGAAUAACUGUUGGUCUUCAGUUAAAAAUAUUUCUGUUCAAAUAAUCAAAGUUUGAACCUUUUCAGAGCAUUCAGGCUACCUCCAAAGUUUGAUACUUUAGUCCAUUGGCUUUAUUACACGUACAUAUUUCAAAAGCGUUCAUAAUUAGGGGGAAAAAAAUUCAGAUUUGUUUUUCAUUCUCUAUUAAUGCUUUUAGGGUUUUUUUUUUUCAAAUUAUCAUUCAGAUACAUCGCAACAAACAUAGGUGACUGGUGGAGGUGUAAUUUUUUUACAUCAUUCCAAAAAUAUUUUUAUGUUUUCACUUAAUUUUUAAAUUUUUGGAGUCUUUCUUUAGAUUAGGGUAUAUUCAUCUGUCUGUGAAUUGAAUACUUAUUGAAGCACUCAGUGAAUUAAUACUAAUAGAUUUUUCUUCUGAGAUUAUUUUGCCCUCUUGAAUAUAAGCAUGAUAUUAACUGAUGUUAGUUGGACGAUCUUCCUAUCUCUCUUGAAAUUUUGAAAAAAUUGAUUUAGCACUAUAUUGUUCGAUGCUCUAAUGCUUUAGUAAAACCCUCAAAAGCUUUUGAAAACUUCUAAAUAUCAGUGUAGCCAUUUAGCCAAUCAUAUUUUAUGAAAAUUUUAAAUGAAAUUCGUCAGUAAUGAAAGUUUUUACACAAUGUCUAAAUUAUUUUUUUUACAAAUAGAAAUGUCUGUUUCAGAAUAUUUUUAUUAUAUUUUCUCUUACUGAUCUGAGGAGCUGUGAAAUUUUUUUUUUUUUAAGUUGAAUUAAUUAAACAAUAGCUGUACAAUAGAUUUAUACCCUGUAGCACGCUCGUGUAUUUCUGUCAUAACUGGAAAGGCAAACAAGUAGCCUAGAUUUCUUAAGUAUGUUUUUAAAAAUAUUUCUUAAAUAAAAAAUCUCCCAAUCAAUUUUUAA